AUGGACAGAGACAAUUCCGUUGAAAAACACCUCCUCAGCAGAAGCUUCGAUGCUACCUCCCAGAUUGUCGAGAUACUCGAUAAAAGGUACUCCGUCUUUGGAGGUCAGAAACCGUUUCUUCCCCUCGUUCCCACGGAAGGAGACUCCAAAGACGGAGACUCAAAAGACGAAAAGAAGGAGGAGUCUGAGAAGGACUCCAAAGACUCAAAGGACCAAAGACCAAGGCGUCAACGUAUUCCCAAGAAACGCAAGGGCAACACGAGAUUCCUUCUUAGGAAGUACCUCAAAACUACCAAGACCAAGCAAGUUAGAGGCGAAAGAUACGUCCAGCUGAACCCCAAUAUGAACAUUGACCAACUCACAGCACGCCUUCAGAUUCCCGUUUACGAAGACUACAUAGAGCUCAACAAGCUCUGGAACAAUUACAUGGUGGACUUGCUUUUUGGAGAGAAUAAGAAACCCAACAUCAACAUGGCAUUGCCCAAGUUAUCGACUGCUGAUUUCCACGGUUGCAAAAUGCGUGUGCUUGAGUCCAGAAACCGUAAUUUGGUUGGAAUCGAGGGGAUUGUUUUGCAUGAUGCUCAGAACUCGUUUUUCGUUGUAGUUCAGCAGAAAAAGGAUAAGGAAGAUGGACCUACGGUUUCGGCUGCUGAAAAGUUAGGAGGAGUUCGUUCGCUUGCAAAAGAAGGCACCCUUUUCGGUUUUGAUGUGGAAACGAACAACAAGACUAUUGGUUUCACGUUGAUGGGUUCCAGGUUCGAGCACAGAUCCACGGACCGUUCUGGCCGUAAGUUCAAGGCCCACAAUGUGAAGGACAUUCUUUAG